AUGCAGCCUGAUAAUCUGCGCCCACGUGCCUCUCUAGGGCGCCCUAGUUAUCUAUGCCGCCAAGAAAAGCUCAGCACCAGCUCAUCUUCUGCGACGACAAACAGGGCAGACAUAGUGGCAGCCAUAAAACGGCCUCCCAAGUUUACUUAUGAUAUGUCUUUUGUUGUGACGGAUACCUUCAUACACGAAGACUUCGCGAUCUUCGGGAGAAACCCUCGUUCUCGUGAAGAAACUGCAAAUGAGAUUACUGCAGUUGCGCGCUUUUCUGAACUGAAGCUGACCUUUAUAGGUUUAUCAUCGGGAGAUAUCCUUUUCUUUCAACACGAUUUAGUUGGUCCUUCACCGAAAUCUGCAGCUGUUGAGAGGCUCCGUGGGCAUAGUGGGGCAGUUCACUGUUUGCACUUUGCGUUCAACACUCAACCCGAGGCCUUUCCCAGACUCUCUGCUGCUGAAACAGCUGCGGAAGAUCGCGAUGUAGGGGGCCAGUGGUUGCUGAGUGGCUCAGCAGACCGCACAAUUCGAAUAUGGAGCAUCUCCACUAAGAGCGUGGAAUGCAUCCGGACAGUUGGAGGUCACGGCGGUACAAUCGUCUCCUUGGCUAUGUGCAUGCCUUAUUUGAUAUCUUCCUCCACUGACGGAUCUCUUUCAUUCUUUGUUGUCGACAUUACGCUGAGAAAGGCCCCGACUUUCUCCUUGGUGCAAAAGCUGCAAAGCGGAGCUGCCCCUACAUGUCUGUCGCAUUCUGCCAAAAACCAAAAUCUCUUUUAA